AUGCAAGAGACCUUUGAAAUGACAGACUUAGGACUUCUUCAUCAUUUUCUUGGCAUUGAAGUGAAACAAAGCAAGACAGGAAUCUUUAUUACUCAAAGACACUACAUUGCAGAUAUGAUGAUGUUUAACAUGCAUCAAAGCAAGGCAAUAGGAACCCCAAUGUUUGUAAAUGAAAAAUUACAAGCAGAAGAUUCAAGUGGAGCUGUGGAUGCUAAGAUGUAUAGAAGCUUGGUGGGGAGAUUAUUAUAUGCAACACAUACAGGACCAGACAUCUCAUACGCAGUUGGAAUUCUCUCCAUGUUUGUUAGUAGUCCUAGUAAGCUAUAUUUUGAUUCUGGGAAACGAGUGUUGCGGUAUUUAAGAGGAACCCAGGAUUAUGGUAUCUGGUACUCUGGGAGUUCUGAGUACAAGUUAGUGGGGUUCUCGGAUAGCGAUUGGGCCGGGUGUAUGAAGGAUAAGAAGAGCACAACAUGGAUGAUCUUCAACAUCGGAACUGGAGCUGUCUCGUAG